ACUUUCUCUGCGGAACCGAGGGCUGAAGUCAACGACGCAAAAUGGUGGCCUCGUCUUUCGCUGUCCUGAGAGCAAGCAGGUUGUGCCAACAGGAUUGGAAGAGCUGGGCGCGGCUGUUUGUACCUCCGCCGCUCAGCACUGGUGGCCGGACCACUUGGGCGCGGACAAAUGCGACGCUGAGCGUAGAGCCCGAGGGCCGCAGCUGCUGGGACGAGCCGCUGAGCAUCGCCGUGCGCGGCCUGGCCCCCGAGCAGCCCGUCACGCUGCGCUCUGCCUUGCGCGACGAGAAGGGCGCGCUCUUCCGAGCCCACGCGCGCUACCGCGCCGACGCUGGCGGCGAGCUGAACCUGGCGCGCGCGCCCGCGCUGGGCGGCAGCUUCUCGGGGCUCGAGCCCAUGGGGCUGCUCUGGGCCAUGGAGCCCGAACGGCCUCUCUGGCGCCUGAUCAAGCGCGACGUGCAGACGCCCUUCUUGGUGGAGCUGGAGGUGCUGGACGGACACGAGCCCGAUGGCGGGCAGCGGCUGGCGCAGGCGGUGCACGAGCGUCACUUCUUGGCUCCCGGGGUGCGGCGCGUGCCCGUACGAGAGGGCCGGGUGCGCGCCACGCUCUUCCUGCCCCCAGAACCUGGACCCUUUCCUGGGAUCAUAGACCUUUUUGGAGUUGGAGGUGGCCUUCUGGAGUAUCGGGCGAGCCUGCUGGCUGGGAAGGGCUUUGCCGUGAUGGCUCUGGCUUAUUACAACUACGACGACCUCCCCAAGAGCAUAGAAACCAUGCACAUGGAGUACUUUGAAGAAGCCGUGAACUACCUGCGCAGCCACCCCGAGGUAAAAGGACCUGGAAUUGGGCUGCUUGGGAUUUCCAAAGGGGGUGAACUUGGCCUUGCUAUGGCCUCCUUCCUGAAGGGCAUCACAGCUGCUGUGGUCAUCAAUGGCUCCGUGGCUGCUGUUGGGAACACCAUCUCCUACAAGGAUGAGACUAUACCCCCUGUGUCCCUUCUGAGAAACCAAGUCAAAAUGACCAAAGAUGGUCUCUUGGAUGUCGUGGAAGCUCUGCAAAGCCCUCUGGUAGACAAGAAGAGCUUCAUUCCCGUGGAAAGGUCUGACACGACCUUCCUGUUCCUCGUAGGUCAGGACGACCACAACUGGAAGAGCGAGUUCUAUGCUGAUGAGAUCUCCAAACGCCUGCAGGCGCACGGGAAGGAGAAGCCCCAGAUCAUCUGCUACCCAGCAGCAGGGCAUUACAUCGAGCCCCCUUACUUCCCGCUGUGCAGCGCUGGCAUGCACCUCCUGGUGGGUGCCAACAUCACCUUUGGAGGGGAGCCCAGGGCUCAUGCCGUGGCCCAGGUGGACGCAUGGCAGCAGCUCCAGACUUUCUUCCACAAACAGUUGGGUAGCAAGAGUUAGGGACUGUCCUCUAAAAUAUAACCUAUUAGUUGAUGGUUUGGGGGAAACCUCAUAUAUAUUAUCACAAUGUCAGUUCAGGUUAGUUCAUUUGAACAUAUUCUAAUUUUUUAAAGUUUCUUUCUUUUUUCUUUUUUCUUUUUCUUUUUUUCUUUUCUUUUUUUUUUUUUUUUUUUUUUUUGAGACAGGGUUUCUCUGUGUACCCUUGGCCGAGACCAGGCUGGGCCUGAAUUCAGAGAUCGGCCUGCCUCUGCCUCCCAAGUGCUGGGAGUAAAGCCACGCCCAGCUUAUGUUUUUUCUCAAUAUAAUAAGUGCCUAUGAAGGACUGAGGAUAUAUAGAGCUUGGUGGUAAUGCAUUCGUCUUUCUUCCAUAGUGCCCAGAAUUCAUUCCCCAGUGCCGUAAGACGACAAAGAAAUUAAAACUUUCUUAUAAAAAUGUGCCUGUGGACCUGGUGAGAUGGCUCCGUGGUAAAGGUGCUUUCUGCCAAGCCUGACAACUUAAGAUUUUUUUCCCCCAGGGUCUACAUGGUAGAAGGAGAGAACAAACUCUGACAAGUUGUCCUCUGACACACACAAGUGCUUGUGCGCGUGUGCGUACGCGCGCACGCACACACACACACACACACACACACACACACACACACACACGCGCACACACACACCACAUGUGUAAUUUUAAAAUGUGCCUAUCCAAAAAAAAAAAAAAAAAAAAAACAGAAUUCUUUUAUGUCAUGAAUUAAGGGGGAACCUUAAGUGUAAAUAUUCUUAUUAAAAUAAAAACUAGCUCAUUAUAGACAAAA